AUGUCGUUCUUCUUGCGAGAAAUUGAUGGUGAACGAGUGUGUUCCACGAGCACCGAAACGUCGAUUCCUGAAGAUAGGAAAAGUGCACGAAGACUGAGAAAAUUGCUAUACAAAUGUGCCGAGAACACAUGCAAACCGGAUAUUCUCAGGGUUCCAGCACAUUGCGGGAAACUCGAUAAAGAAGAAGAGAAAUCCAAAACACCUCUGGACCAGCAACAACAAAUUAAUUUUCAUGAUAUUCUGAACUCAAAAUUUGUUGUGGGACCACCUUCGCCUUUUGCUUUAGUAGCAAUUGCCAAAUCAAUUCUUGCACGGUUUGGGAAUCCAGAAGAAGUUUCUGAAAAAGAAGAUGGAAGCGAAGAGGAAGCCGGAACCAGUGGAGCUGAUGAAGAGGGAAAGCAAUACAAAAAUACUGAUCAGCUGGUUGGAGCUAGUUUAACAUGUAUCUUCGAAGUUCUCGAGCAAUUAAGUCGACGUGACGCCGAACUUUGUGUUCAAGCUCUCGAAUCAUUGUUAUCAUUGAUCCAAUCGAUGCCAAUCGAUUGUCUUCAGUCCGAAAACCGUUUAUCAAUGUCUGCAAUGAUGCACGUUCUGAAAACGCUUCGAGAAGAUGCCUGUCCCUCAGUGAGCUCAAAAGCUACCUCAUGCCUUGUGGCUUUAUCAGUUGCAUGUGGAGAGCCGGAGCAUUUAGGAAGCACAAUUCGAUCAUUAAUUUGUAUGAAGAAAAAUAUUCGAAUGAGCGCCGAUUCGACGUAUGAUAUGAUCCAAAUGCCAGAAAAUUUGAGAAAAUUACUACUGAAAGUGAGGAGGAAAGCUUUAGGCGGAGACAACACUGCCAAUUCCCCACCAAACUGGGCAAUGGUAGAUGUUCACGAGCACUCGGUAGCAAGCAGUUUCAGUCUACCUAGUCUUCCUGAUAGCUCUCCGUCUUCCGACACUCCCGACGAUGACAAUCGAAUACAUAGCACAAUGGCAUGUGAUGGAACAUUUCUCUACAUUCUUAAUUAUGUUGGACUCUACAAGUUGGGGACCGGCCUGAAUGAAACAAUUUCUGGAAAGUUGUAUGCAGCGAAUCAGAGUUUACAAUCGUCGAAAAAUGUGCAAAUGUAUUUAUGCAAUGGAUCAUUGUAUUUACGAAGAAAUUACUCAUCAUGCAUAUCAGUGAUUGACACGGAUUCAUUGUUGGAUAUUGGAGAAGUGAUUCUACCACCAAGUUGUGUACAACAUGCACUGUUCACGGAUGGAACAUACUUUUACAGUGCAACUCUGAUUGCCAAUUCUACACUAUCGACAAUUCAACUAAAUGAUUCAUUUUCCCCUUCCAAUGAGCCAUCAUCACGAAGAAGUCAUCGACUCACUGAUGUGAAGUUCACGAUUCAAGGAGAUCUUCAAGUUCCUCACCAACUCCCCGAAUUUCUACCUGCAAACCUUCAUCCUCAAACUGUUGAUCUUCACUUCACUCGAGAAAUGGCAUUCAUUCAAGCUCGCUCUGGAAAAGUGUACUACGCUGGAAACGGGACAAGGUUCGGAUUAUUUGAAACUGGGAACAACUGGAUGGAACUGUGUCUUCCCGAGCCAAUAGUUCAAAUUUCUGUUGGAAUUGAUACAAUAAUGUUUCGUUCUGGUGCAGGGCAUGGUUGGAUUGCAAGUGUAGACGAUAAGAAAAGAAAUGGAAGACUACGUCGACUUGUUCCAUCUAAUCGCCGGAAAAUUGUUCAUGUUUGCGCCUCUGGUCAUGUCUAUGGAUAUGUAUCUGAAAAUGGAAAGAUUUUCAUGGGAGGACUUCAUACAAUGAGAGUGAAUGUUUCAAGUCAAAUGUUAAAUGGACUGGAUAAUGUGAUGAUUUCUUCAUUAGCGCUUGGAAAAUCUCACGGUGUUGCUGUGACUCGAAAUGGCCAUCUUUUUACAUGGGGAUUGAACAAUAUGAAUCAAUGUGGAAGAGUUGAAUCAACUUCAACCACGUCUUCUCCAAGACAUUCCGGUCGUCAAGAGUAUCAGAUUUGUCCUAUCGGAGAACACACGUGGCUAACUGACACACCCUCGGUAUGUGCUCAAUGCGGGCUUUGCUCCGCACGAGGAGUAGCAUGUGGAAGAGUUCCUCGACCAAAGGGAACCAUGUGUCAUUGCGGUGUUGGAGAGUCAACAUGCCUUCGAUGUGGACUUUGCAGACCAUGUGGAGAGGUUACAGAACCAGCACAGCCUGGUAGAGCUCAGCAUGUGCAAUUCAGUUCAACAGCUGCUCCUCAAAGAAGUACUCUACAUCCGUCACGUGUAAUUUUAAGUCAAGGACCUCAUGAUGUAAAAGUUUCAAGCGUAAGCUGUGGAAAUUUUCAUACAGUACUUCUUGCAUCUGAUCGAAGAGUUUUCACUUUUGGAUCCAACUGCCAUGGCCAAUUAGGAGUUGGAGAUACACUUAGCAAAAACACUCCGCAGCAAGUCAUUCUUCCAUCUGAUACAGUUAUAGUCCAAGUUGCCGCUGGUUCAAAUCACACAAUUUUGAGGGCAAAUGAUGGAAGCGUUUUCACAUUUGGUGCAUUUGGAAAAGGUCAGCUAGCACGACCAGCUGGCGAGAAAGCUGGAUGGAAUGCGAUCCCUGAAAAAGUUUCUGGUUUUGGUCCUGGAUUCAAUGCAUUCGCUGGAUGGAUCGGAGCCGAUGGUGAUUCUUCAAUCAUCCAUAGUCAUACAGCUUUAUUAUCUUCUGAUAAUAUUCUGAAAGCUCAAAUUGUUGCAAACAAAACGAAUAUUUUCAUUUUCCCAAGAGAAGUUGGUAAAGACUACAUUGUAAUAAGACGAAAGUUGAAUGUUUUUGAACAUCAUGCGAGCGAUUACAAAUGUUGGUAUACAUCAUGGGCCACUGAUCCGAAGUAUGACAUGCUGUGGUAUUACAAUUCAGCAGAAAUGGAAAUCAAAGGAUAUGACAUUUUCAAAAAAUCUGAAAAAUCUGUGGGCGAUGCAUUUGAUUCCCUAACUUUCCUAGCUGGUGCCGAAUUUGCUGUCCAAGUGUACGACAGUCCUGCUUAUGCAACUUCGAUGAGUCUUGGAAUGCAACUUUUAUCAGCAACAUUCUCAGCAAAUGUUAUCAAUUUAUCUGAAUUCUGGAAGGAAAAACAUGGGGAACGAGAACAGGAUCACGAGAAAACAAUUAUGGAUGGUUAUUCAGUUGCAAAUCGAUUUGAUGGUACGGGAGGUGGUUGGGGAUACUCGGCAAAUUCUGUUGAAGCUAUCCAAUUUAAAGUCUCCAAGGAAAUUCGAUUAGUAGGAGUUGGGCUGUAUGGAGGACGAGGAGAAUACAUAUCGAAGCUCAAGUUAUAUCGACAAAUUGGAACAGAAGCUGAUGAGUUAUAUGUGGAGCAGAUCACUGAGACUGAUGAAACAGUUUAUGAUUGUGGAGCACAUGAGACUGCAACUCUUUUAUUCUCACAACCAAUAGUUAUUCAACCAAAUCAUUGGCAUGUAGUCAGUGCAAAGAUAAGUGGUCCUUCUUCUGAUUGUGGAGCAAAUGGAAAACGUCAUGUCGAGUGCGAUGGAGUAACAUUUCAGUUUCGAAAAUCUGCUGUGUCAAACAAUGGAACUGACGUAGAUGUUGGACAGAUUCCGGAGCUGUAUUAUCAAAUUGUCGGUGGAUCUGAAAGUCGUGACGAAUCGGAUUCGAAUAAACAGCUGUCAAUCAGUAGAGACAUGUCAAAUCUCUUUUCACCUGCUGCACUGAAAAAUGUCACAGCGGAAGGAAUUGGUAAUUUGCUGAUACUUUUGGAGUGGGCUUUACAACGCGUUCAAAUUGAUGAAGAUACAAACAAUCAAGUUGAAGGAAGUGCUGAAAAUCAAUGGAGUCAGGAAAGAGCAGGAUUUGUUGCUAUUUUAAGCAUGAAGCUUAUAUCAAGAUUCGUAAGAACAGUGUACAAAGAGAAGGGAUGUCAUGAUGAACCAGGAAUUGAUUUUGCUAAUAAGUUGGUAAAUCUGCACUCAAUGCUCUUAGAAUUCUUCUUUUCAACCGAUAUGACUGGAUAUGAAAAUCGUCCAUUAAUUAAAAAAGAAGAAAAGGUUGUUGAAGAAGGGUAUACUCUGAUGAAGUGUGUGUCGGAAGCGGUUAAGCUAUUCAUUUCUCUUUCUCACUGCUUUAUGGGAUCAAGAAGUCUCAUGAAUGCUCAUCUUAUCGCUGUCAUGAACAAAGGAAAUCAUGAAGCUUUGAUCCUAACAUCUGCAAUUAUUGGAUCCCUUGCUAAAAUUGAACGGUUUGCUCAUCAACUUCUAUGCUCGACUACCACAACUGAAAGAUUUCCAAUGCUGUCAUCACUUCUUCUGAAACAUUUCAAUUGUGAGAAAGAAACACUCGCGUCUCUCACUUCAUUUCCAAAUAUUCUUCGAUUUCUUUACGAUCAAACUUUUAUGAGAAAUGCGUACGAAAACACGUCAAGUUUGGCUGAGGCCAUUUUGGUCAAGGUAUCGAGAGAUCUUGCCAUUCCGACAGAUGAUACUCUUAUGGGACCAGUAGUACAUCAAACUUCGUCGAGGUUCAGAAGAAGAAGUGCACAACCUACUUGGGAUAUGUCUGAUGGAUGUGCAGAUGCAAUUGCUUUUAGAGUGGACUCCGAAGGGAUAAAAUUACACGGUUUUGGAAUAUAUCUUCCAACUGAACCAGACCGACGGAAUUUCGUUGGAGAAAUAAUGAUGUUGUCUCCAGAUUCAUCUGAAAAAUGGACAUGCCUUCUUCGGGUUACUGCUGAAAUGUCGUCUGAAGAAAAAGAAGUUGGAAUUGUUAGAUUUCCAGAAUAUGUACUUCUUUCUCCAGGUGUCACUUACGCUGUCAAAGUUAACAUGAUGAAAAAUACAAAGACAUUCUGCGGAGAAGGUGGAGUCACUCAAGUGCAUCUACUCAAUGGAGCCCGCUUGUUUUUCUCAGGAUGCUCAAUGAGCCAAAAUGGAACAACAGUUCAACGCGGACAACUACCAUACUUGAUAUAUUCAAUCCUUGAUCAAUCAAACAGUCUUCAAAUAAAACAAGAAACAAUUUAUGAUACAUUCACUCUACUUCUUCGAUUGAUGGCUAACAAAAUUGGUGCCGCAAUAACAGAAGGUGGAGCACUUCCUGCAUGCUGUCAACAUUUGAUGUCUCAUAUAAAUCCUCAUGUCAUGGUAUACAUGGAAAGAUUCCCAGAUAAAGCUUUAGAGAUGAUGUCAACAAUGGAACAGUUGAUCCCAAUGGUUUCAAAUUUGAACGGAGUUGAAAGAGUUUUCCAUUCAUACGAUUCAGAUGACAGUGGCUGUGAUACACCAUAUUCUGGAAUUGUGACAACUGUGGUUGAGAGUCAACAUCCAUACAAACCAAAUACAUCAAGCUCAAUGGUUUUGUUGUUCGAGGAAGCUGAUUACAUUUGUGUCCGAUUUUCACCGGAUUGUCAAACUGCACAAUUUGAUGAUCAACUGACAAUUUAUCUCAAAAUCGAUGAGCAUUCUUACAUGCCAAUUGAACGUUGUUAUGGGAGCGAAUGGCCGUCCUAUCCAAUGAUAUUGCCUGGAAACUGUCUGAUGUUUGUUUUGGAUGCAUCUUCUGCUGUUGAAGGUGCAACUUCUGAACAGAUGUUCGGUUACCACGUGACAGUAACCGGAUAUUUAGUUGGUUACAAUGAUUCUACUAUGCGACUGGAACAAGAUCUCGUUUGGUUGUCAGCUAAUGCUUGUCGAAUAAUGACACAAUUACCGAUCAAUCCGAGCAACAUUGAACAUUUGAGCACAGCUGAAGACGACACUCGUCAUCUAUUUGAGAAACACGGAAGUCUUCUGAAAAAAGGUCUUAGCUUGAGUCAUUCACCAACUCUCAGUGAGCUGUGUACAAAGGGACAACCACCUCCAGCACUAAAACAUUUUACAUAUACAUAUUCAGAACCUCAAUUUUGAUUUUGAUAGUAAGAAAGGUUCUACUGUCCUCACUGAAGCUGCCAUUAGUGACGUUACCAAUUUUAGUCGGAAUCCAGCUCAAUUAGGCAAUUAUCUGAGUUGUGACGUCACUAUACUUUGAUUGUAU